UCUUUUCAUUCACACCCUGUUCUGCUCCAAGACAGCGAUAACCUGCUGCUGGUCUCCAUUUCAGCCGUUGUUCUUUACAUCUCGCACAUCCCUAUUAAACCUUUACGUCUUCAAGAUGACAGGAAAGAUUAUCAUCUACCAAGACGACAACUUUGGAGGCGCUUCCCGAGAAGUGACUGGAGACGUUUCAGAUCUUACUUCCAUUGGAUUCAAUGAUAGGAUAUCAUCAAUUAAGGUUCUUGGAAGUGUGUGGAUUGGAUAUGAACACGCAAAUCAUCAAGGUAGACAGUACAUCUUAGAAGAAGGUGACUAUGCUAACGCUGGAGAAUGGCAAGGAUCAAACGAUCAGCUCUCUUCGUUUAAGAAACUGAAUCCUGAUAUUGGAGAGACCCCUCAGAUCACCCUUUAUCAACACGACAACUAUGGUGGCACUGCUGUCAACUUCUCCUAUGGGAUUGAUAACUUGGGCUACUACCACUUCAACGAUGAAGCUUCCUCACUGAAAGUCAAAAAUGGAAUCUGGAUUUUGUACGAACAUAGUGGAUACAGAGGCAAGCAGAACAUCGUAACUGAAGGGUCGUACCCAAGUGCAGGGAGCUGGAGGGGUGGCAACGAUCAAAUAUCAUCAUUGAGGCCGAUUAAGGAACCUUACCAUCCGACAGAGAUACUGAGCAUGGAGUUUGACAUUGCAGCUGGGUUAAUAUCGGCAACCCCUUACUCUCUUGUCAACCUGUCUCAGCGUAAUGACUCCAGUGUGGACCAACAAGCAUCUUGGGGAGCAAAGCGCUCAGUCACCACAACUAAGACUUACCAAUGGCACUGGCAGAACACAACUGCUGUCAGCGUCGAGACGACUUUCUCAACGGGCGUGCCAUUUAUCGCCGAUGGGGAAAUCAAGAUGAGUGUGAGUAACUCUUUCUCAGUCGGUGAAAACAAGGGUAGUUCCAACACCCAGUCUGAUGAGUGGAGCUUUAAUCUGCCCGCUACGGUCAAAGCUCAAACCAUGCUGAGAGUUCAGGUGAACAUCCAGCAGGGGAAGAUUGAUGUUCCUUUCACUGCGAUGUUGAGGAAGGGGAACCGAACCUGGAAGGAGAUCGGGACAUUCAAGGGAACCCAAAGCUUCAAUCUGAAAGUAGACUACACAGAGACACCACUGUAGACCUUCACGGCUAAAGCCCGGUUAAUUUUUCCUACGAAUGCGAAUGCGAUAGGAAUUUUGACAUCAUAAAUUCGCAACGAAUAACUCACGUCAGUUGACUUGUGAUCAACUCCUGCGAAAAAUUCGCUGCAAACAUCACAUUUGCAUUUCGCAAGAAGUAUGAACCGGGCUUAAGACGUGGAUCCAUGGGGGUAGGUCCAGCGGUCCGGAUCCCUCUUUGCCCUCGGCGACUUUUGUUUUUCCUUUUAAAUUUGCGCCAUCACACAUUAUAGCUCCAAACUUGCUGCAGACCAUAGCUCACAAAAUGGCAGGAAAUUGACUGAAGUUGAGUCCCUUGCAUAACUUGUAUCGCUGCUGGUACGCUUUAGAAUGUAAAGCGCUUAGAGAAUUAAGUGUUAGUUAUUAGGCGCUAUAUAAAUCGAAAGUUAUUAUGUUAUUAUUAUUAAUGUUAAAAUAGUGACCGCAAGAAUAUGUCACAUCAAUGAGACACGUUUACAAUUACAGAUAAACGUAAACAAACCAUCCUUUUAUCGACUUUUAUGAAUAAGUAUAAUUUCAAUUUCAUAAAAAUGAGAACAGUUUCGUCUCCAGAGUUUACCAUUUUUGUAAAAAUUCUUUGUUUUACGCAAAUACGCAACAUAAUUGUUUACAACAUUGAAGACUAUCAAAUAAAGACAGUAAAUAAAGACAAUAACAUCAUGUAUACCCUUGAUAAAGGGGGUGGUAGGAGUAGAGCAGAAUUCUGACCAAGUUUAGACAGACGCUUUUGCGUCGUGCCGAACCAAAUUAAGUUCAUGAAAUUCGACGUCAGAAACAGUUGGGGCGACUGGAUGCACUUCAGGUCAAAAGAUCGACUGUUGCAGUCCUUUGAAACGACUCUGGAGCGUCUUGGAUCCAGACGUCGAUCUUGUCAUGAGCCGAUUCUGUUGUCAGCAUGUCUAAAACCAACAUUUAUUUAGGUCGACAUAGAGUCGCUUUUCAUAUUUGGUUCGGCAUGACUCUGGAGCACCUUUCUAAACCAGGGCCCAAUUUCAUAAAGCCUGUAAGCACAAACAUCCUAAAA